UUUCGACUGGGAUCCCUUUGUUAUUUCAUUAUGAAUAAAUUAGUCAAUCAUAUCAAACAUAAGAAUUUAUCUUUAUUUAGAUAUAACGGGCUUUUUGAUUGGCUAAAAUAAGUUUUACACACGGAGGGGACCGUUAGUGAGUUUUGUCGCAACGCCAACCAAUCCAGCCGCCAUGAUGGAAAAACGUGGUGUAACACAUUCAAAGUUUGUAGGAAAAAAAAGAGAAAUUAAUGGCUAAAAAUCAAAAUAAAACCUAUCACAGCGUUGAAGAAGUUCUUAAAGAUGUUUUAGAUAGCGAUGUUGAAUUUGAUUCGGAUUCUGAACUCGGUGAAUUGUCUUCUGAUGAGGAGGAAUUGAUCAACCAAGGACUUGACCCUGAAUUGGACGUCGAUCAGCCAAGUGAUGACGGUUCAGAAGAAACAGAUGCUGCRCCUAGAACUUUGGCCGAAAUCAAGUAUUCUGCACAAGCACCUAAAAAAUCAAGAAAAGAUAAACCAGCGAAAAAAGAUAAAAUUCAGCCCCAGAGUUGGAAUUCCCCAAGUAAAGCUGACAAGGACCCAGAGAGGAGGARAUUCAAACCUUUGCGAGAGCCAGGGCUUCAGCUACCAGUUGAUCAAGAGUGGAAGCCAACAGAUUUUUUCAAACUGUUUUUUUCUGUAGACAGUGUGAAAACUAUAAUCAAGAACACUGAAGAGUAUGCUGCUACACUGAAAGCAAAAAGGCCAUACUUGAGAUGGUAUCCUUUGACAGUCAAAGAAUUUUAUGCCUUCUUGGGUAUAAUAAUAUUCAUGGGAUUGGUUGAUGUACCAACUGUUUCAGAGUACUGGAACUCUGAUGGAUUUUUUKGACAAGAAUUUGYUAGAAAUUCAAGAAUUUGCAAAACAAGAUUUGCCAAUAUUCUUGUCUGUCUCCACUUGUGUAACUUGGAAGAAGAAAGAGAAAAKGAAAGGAAAAAGCAAAGGCAAGAGAUCCRUGACCCACUUCUGAAAUUGAAACCUCUAUUAGAUGAACUUGUACUUUGUUGUUCAUCAUAUUAUGUUCCAGGUCAGGCAAUUUCUAUUGAUGAGAGGAUGGUAGCUUUUAAAGGAAGAAKCGGCAUGAMGCAGUAUYUCAAAGACAAACCCACAAAGUGGGGUUUCAAACUUUGGGUCCUUGCAGAUUCAACAACAGGUUAUACCUACAAGUUUCAAAUAUAUACUGGAAAGCGUCUUACCAAAACAAAAAAUGGUCUUGGGCAUGAUGUAGUUAUGGACUUGAUGCAGGGUUUGUUCAACCAGGGAUAUCACUUGUACRUUGACAACUUUUAUUCAUCUCCAACACUAUUUUGUGACCUCUUUGUUCAGGGCUGCUUYUGCACAGGAACUGUUCGUGAUAAUAGGACUGGAUUUCCAAAAGGGUUUGGUAAUCCUUUACCUAAAAGAGCUGAACGUGGAUCCUCAAGAUGGUUUCGUGAUGGACAGCUGGUGUUUGUGAAAUGGAAAGACACAAAGGAAGUUACAGUUAUGAGCACAUAUUGGAAAGCUACUGGGACUGAUACAGUACAGCGCAAGAAAAAAAGGAAUGGAGAAUAUACUGUGCAAAAUGUCAACAUUCCACCACCAAUCGUAGAUUAUAACAGGAAUAUGGGUGGGGUUGACCUCUCCGAUCAGCUCAUAAAGUAUUACCAAGUGCUAAAGAAAACCAGAAAAUGGUGGAAGACUUUAUUUUUUCACUUCAUAGAUGUAGCUAUUGUGAAUGGUUACAUUAUUAACAAAACAGCUGGUGGAACUCUUGACCAUAAGAACUUUCGAAGGCAAAUAGCAAUAGAUCUUGUGUCCACCAAUACUGAUGUUGAAGCUGAAGUAACUACCCCAAGACCUGGUCGUCCAUCAAGAAGUGAUGUUAGAGCACAGCAUUGUCCUAUUCCAUUGAUGACAGACCUAGACAAAUCUGACAAGGCAACAACUGGACAAAAUGGUUUUGUGAGUAACUUGUGCGUGGACAGAAAUAAAGCUGUCAUUUGA